CGUGUCGUCAGUGAGAUGAAGGAAUGGAAGUUUGUGCCCUGUGUGCUGGAGGAGAGGAGUCAUAUGAUUCACGUAGCGAAAGAGCAGGACAAUACAUCUGCGAUGGUCGAUAUUGCCACAUCACAUGCGUGCUGCUCAGUGACAUCAGCGAAGUGCCCCUUUGGACACACCCCAGGGAUUUCUGUUUUUUUCCCCCAAAGAGUCAAAUUGCAACUUCAAGCAGAAGAAAGAGGAGUGGUGUCGAUCAAAGGUGUAAGUGCAAAUCGCUUUCUGGCUAUGAAGGAGGAUGGCAGAUUGCUGGCACUGAAAUGCGCAACAGAAGAAUGUUUCUUUUUUGAGCGCUUGGAAUCUAAUAACUAUAACACUUACCGAUCACGGAAGUACUCAGAUUGGUAUGUGGCACUGAAAAGAACUGGACAGUACAAGCCUGGACCAAAAACCGGACCUGGACAGAAAGCUAUCCUUUUUCUUCCAAUGUCUGCUAAAAGCUGAUUUCCAUGGCAGAUUCUGAACGUACGCCACACUACAUUUUGAGGUAGAGUUUCCUGCUCCUCUCCAAGCUAGCAAAAAUAGAAGCAAUUAUUUGCUGAUACUAGCUGCUUUUGCAGAAAGGUUAAAACAUGAAUGUUUCGUACUGUCUUUAUACUGCUCUUUAAACCUAUUGUGCCAGUGUGUGUGGAGGUAAUGUUACUUGGAAAAUAUAUUUUCAGGAUCAAUAACACUUCUGUUUUCUGCUAGAGAUUUAUAUAGAGCUAUUUUAUUUACCUUACAUUCACUUUACAGAGUAAAGGGAAACUAAUUUGAUGCACGUGUGCAGAAAUAUUUACCUUUUAAAAUAACUUAUGUCUUUAUAGCUUAUUAGAGAAUAAAUAUCGAUUUUUUCAUCCUAAAAUCAAAUGGUCCAUGAAUAAUUUUAAUAUGGUCUAAAUAACUCUUAAAAUAAACAUUCUAAAUUAUUAAUAUAACGAAAUGUGAAAUCUGUUGCUAUCAUGUCAUGUUUCUGUAGGACUCGGGCAGCUCCCUGUGGUAUAGUUUGUAGAACCGGCCUGUGUAAACAGCUGGAAACUCUCUCAUGGUUAUGUCAAUCUUAUCGAAUCCCUCCCGGUAUCCGUAAAGCAACAGCUUAGCCACGUUGCUGGUGAUGGGUGUGGCGUGCUUUGUCCUGGCAAGCUCAUCGAGGUCCAUCCACUCGCACCUCAGGCACUCCUGCUGGCAGAAGUUGAUGUUGAAGGAGGAGGGCUCCAGGCGGCAGAUGAUGUACAUGUCCGACUUCCCAAAGGCUCCGGGGUGCUGGUGUUGCUGUCUUAUGCUUAAGAUGGACUUGAACUCUGACUUGAUGCCAGUCUCUUCGAAAACCUCUCGAACUGCUGUGUCUCCUAGGUGAAGAGAGCAUUUCUUACAAUGCACACACUAAUAGCUUAGCACUCUUUAAACCUUUUGAUCACAGAAUGUUUCUAACUUAAAGCAGCCUCCAUUUUGCUUCAUAAGCUUUUCAAAUGUAAGGCCUGUUUGCUUCAACACAAGGACAAGCUAAUUUUGUGUCCCUGAACAAAACUAAUUGCAUCGUGCCUUUCUUGUGUAUAUCCUACAAAAUGAUGAAAGAAAACUUUACAUAAUAUUGUACAGGGUAUGGUUUUGGAACCCAUGGUCACUGGCUCCACUGAUCUCUUACCCCAGGGCAGCACUGCAGCACCUUGUCAGUCCUCUCAGCCUAGCCCCGUUCCUCUCCUCACUUCUGUCCGCUUGCAGGCUCAGACCCUUUGCAGCUGAGCACCCACCUGUGUGUCAGAUCACUCCAUCAGCUCACAUAGUGCUGUUCCACAUUGCCACAGGGUGGAACGACAUGGGGAAAAAUACUGUUUGUAGAAGGUUAGCAUCAAGUCCUUUUCAAAAUGUAUCUUGGUCUACUGACAUUUCAAAUAUGCCAUAAUGCCUGUACAGCAUGUACCAUGUGUCUGCAGAAAAUACGGUGCGUGUGUGUACAUCUCGUGUACACCAACCAAAGUGAUGAAAAUGUUAACAUUUCUCAUUACAAGACUCGGCAUAACUUCAGAGCUUUUAAGGGUCUGUGCACUGCAAUUAAAGCCAAAAAUUACCCAGCUAUCCAGUACUCUUCAAAGGAGAAGUUCUACUCUUGAAUAGUAACUUAAAUUGAAGAGCCCAAAAAUAAGAUCAGUUAUACUCCAGUUAUUUCCCGAAAAUUCUGCAGUUUCACUGUAGUUGUCAAAUCCUACUUGCCUGGUGUAGCUACUGGUAGGUAAAAUUAACUGGAUUCUUUUUUUCAUCUAAGUAAACUCACAGUUUUGUUGUUAUGUGAGUGAUAACUGCAUAUACAGCAGUUUUUGAAAAUGACUUAUUCACAUCCAGUGGCUGGAAAUACACAUAGAAACAAAAUGAUUCCUCCAACACAGGCCAAACAACUGACCCUGCACGUACUUCUGCACUAGCUCAACUCUGUCUUGCAAUGGAACAAUCUGUAUGAAGUUAACAGCAAGUACACAGGGGUCUUUGUAGCAUUCGAGACCCAGUAACACAUGGUGUCUGCAUUUAUGUGACUUCUACAGUAUUAACUAAAAGGCAUAUGGGAGAAGAUACGAAUGUACUUGGGGACUGUGUUUUAUGUUGCCCAGAGCGGCCCCCUCAGUCCUUUGGUGUAAAACAGCAGUUGCAAAGCAAUCCCCCUGUGGCAGGUGGGUGGUUUUAUUAUUAGGCAAAGGGCUGUUUUAAGUAUAAAGGGUCAAAGGAGGUAGGGAUUUCAUUUAAGCUUUGAGCUUUUCUUUUAGACAAAGUGCCUUUUGCUGUUUCCUUUUUAUUUAAAUGUAUAUAUUUAAAUACUUAAUGACAGUUAAACUAGAAGAAACACUAGGGCUGGAAUUUCAGAAAUAGGCAAAUGCAAAAAUCUGUGCUCUUUGCUUCAUCCGCAUUAUGAAGCGAUUUAGAUGACUUGUGCAAACCAGUUUGUGCUUGUUAGAGUAGGCAGCCAUGUAUUUUUUUGCUUUAUAUAACCACAGGGUUUUUCAAGCAUUGUAACUGUACUUUGAAACUUAGGCCCUUGAGUGGGUGCAAGUUUAUAAGAUUUGAUGUAAGUGAUGGAAAAAGGACAAUUAUGCUGUUGUAUUUUAUGCUUCACUAACUUAUCUCUUUUUGUAAUUGUGAAAUGUGAUGCAGAGAAUGAUACCAUUUAUUAUGAUACUGUUAAACAGUGGCAGGAGGGGAGCUGUAAGAGCUUUGUUGCUCCCAAGUCUUUCUUACUACCUACAUCCAGGCUCCAUUCAUAAUCUCACCUGUUUCUUGAGGGAUGGCCACUGGAACAUGCAGUGACAGUGCUCCCCUGGUGAAACUGUUGCCCAUGCUAGUUAUUCUCUUCCUGCAGUACAAUUCCUCUGCUAUCUCCUGGCCUAGCUCCUUUCUCUGUCUCUCAAGGUGACACAGCUAGGCAACAAGUGUGGUGUUUGGGAUUCUUUGAAACACGAAGCCAUUCCACUGCUUUGCGUGUGUUUGCUUUGUUGGGCAAAGAAUUCUGAUUUCUGCCACUGUGCUUUACAAAAAGAUGUAGUUGAAAUGUGACUCAGAAGUUAUGAAAACAACAACUCGGCCCUAUCACAUCAGCCAGAAACUUUUUCGAUGUGUUGAAGUAAUGAACAAUUGUAUUCCAGUUAGAGGUUUACUGCUAAGACAGCAUGGAGAGAUUUCUAAGGUAUGGACCAGAUUGAGGAGACAGGGUCUCAAUACCCAGUUUGUAGAGCUGCUGCAUUACUCUGGGCAAUGUUUUUGAGCCAUGGUUUAUUUAUUGGAAGAAUAUUUUCACAUCUGAAUACUGAUGUGGGGCUAAAUUAAUGUGAGCAAAUGCAACUUUUGGCAACAAGACCAACCUAGUAACUGCAGUGUAACUGCAGAGUUAACCAGUCUGCCGAUCUUAAUUUAAAGGGGUGUGAUCCAAGGAGAAAGCACAAUUUUAUUUUUUCAUAUGCCUUUUGAACCUAACUGCAGCUGCUGUAUUCAGCAUCACCUGUGCUACGCAAGGUAGAAAUGACAGCUUUUCUCAAAUCAGCCCCGUUUUUAAUAGAGAAGUGCCUUCUGCCUCCGGUUGGAAGGAGGUGCCCCCAGGAGUCAGGACCUGUACUGAUGCUGGUCCUGGGCCAAAGAGCUCUUGGUCUAAACAAAUAAAUGGAUGAGGGUGGAACUAAGCAAGUGUAUUUAUUGCUGUUUUGCACAUAAAAAUUGAACGUUGGAAAUUUUUGCUCAGUAUAUCAAUGAGCUCACUGCCCUGGAUUGCAGUGUGAGCUGAGAGCUUGCUAUUUCGGUUUUAUUUUUUGGUUAUAUACAGAUUAUCUUAAUCCUCUGUGCUUCUGGCUCUUACUACAACAUACUCCACAAGCCUACAAAACAAAAGUUGGCUUCAAGCCCUCCUUUAAGAGAACUAAUGGAAAAGUGUAAAUGUUACAAAGCUGCUCUACCCUGAAGUCGAUGCUACGCCAUAACUUUAGGAUCCCAUCACUGCACCUAUCAGCCAUAAUUACAAAGAAGGGAGGAUGGGGGUCGCUGUAUUUCAGUGCUGUUAACGUCUUUGUGACUCUGUUGAUGUCUGACCUGUUAUCCUAGGACUUACCGAUGUCUUCACCUGGAUUAGCCAGACCUCCUGGAAAUUUCCAUGCAUUUACAGUCUGUAUUGGAGGAAAAAAAUGUUAUUGUAGUAUGCAGCCUAUUUUGUUCUUCUCUAAUAUGAAGGAGAUGAUUAACACUCAAGUUUUUUGGUGAAGUUGCAGUAUUAUAGUUACCCUUACAAACAUCAGUAAGGCUUUAGGUAGGAACUACUUUGUUCUUGCUAAUGUGAUGAUCAGAGACACCGACGGUCUGUAUGAAAUAUUGGAACAAAACAUCUACUGAUUGAAAACAAACUGUCUAACAAUCAUUAGACAACGUUGCUGCUAGAUAACUAGAUAGAGUAGUUGAAUAUUUAAAAAAGCUGCUAUAGACUAUAUAAUCUUGUAUUUAAUCACUGAUGUAUCCCACUUCCAUGGUUUUAGCUUUUAAAAAAAGUGUAUAUAUUUAAUCCUACAAAAAGGUAUUAUGAUUGUAGUACUGUUCUAUACUGCACUGGCUUUAAGAUGACUUUGUGUGUCUGUAAUAACCAUUUUGUAUAACUUGUCAUUUGUUUUUAUGGAACAAAACCUGAAGCCUUGUGUGUGAUUUGUGUAUAGAAGCAUUUAUGGAAUUGCAAUAAAGUUCAGUAAUUAAAACAGAA